ACCUCCGUUCUGCGCAUGCGGUCUUCAGUCUGAAAUGUGUUGUGCGGGGAAAUGGCGACCGCCAAUUUUAUCGACGACUUGAUUACCUCUGAGAUAGAUGAAAGUGCCGUUAGUGCCUUAGUUGGUGCAUUAGAAGGACAGUUGGCUUCCCCUACACACAAGGAUAACUCACAGUCGAUAUCAGAGUCUUCUAUAAAUAAUAAUCAUAUCACUACAGCAAGCACUCCGGUAGCUUGCACUGCAUCAUCUUUCAACAUUGUACAGACCACAAAUGUAACACAGGGACUCAAAGGUUUGUCUUUACCAAACAGUGUGACUGUGAACUCUGUCACGAGUCCAUUGGUGAAACUGACCCAAUCAGACCCCCAGAUCAUUGGUAUUAAUUCUAUAAUAAACUCCAACAAUGUUGCAGCAUCCAAUAACAAUACUCAAAAUAAUAGGGAAUCCCCUGUACCAAACUCGAGCAGAGUUGUAAACAACCAGCAUGCUGUUAGAAUAGUACAGAACACUCAGCCACUUGUCAAUUCAAGAAGUUCCCCUUUACCACAGGCAGUUGUCAAUUCCAAUAGUUUGGUAAAUACAAACCAUGUUCAGAGUGCAAAUUCACCACAAAUAGAUCUGAACAGGACUACUCAUUCUCCUAAUGUAAAUACAAGAAUUGUCAUUUCAAAACCAGGUGAAACUGUAGUUGAUCAGAAAUCUGUGAUAAUACCACAUGUUACAUCAAGUGCUGGAGGGAUCACUAUUCCACAACAAUUUUCUAGUCAGCAGGAUGUAGUGUUAAAACCAGGACACAUUAUUCUGAAACAUGACCAUGUGAAUUCUGGAAAUGUAAAUGCUAUAAAACAAGAACGUGUAACGACUAUCAAACAAGAAGGCUCUAUGAACUCGCAACAGCAUAACCAGUUUUUAAUAAAAAAUGAGCAACAAACUACGAGAAGUCCAAUUUCAAAUGUGAAACAUGAUGGCUCACCGUCAAUUCAGACUAUACAGACCGUUCAUGGAACGCAGCACAUUCAAACAGGAUCUGUACCUACAGCUGCUGGAAGUCAAAUCACACAGGCAACUAAUGUUCAUAUAGUUAAUGCACCAAUUAAAGGUGGUGUAGCAGGGAACCCAAGUGUUAUUACAGUGAGGACUCCAGGACAUACACAGCCUGGUCAGGUUGUGAUGCGUCAACAAACGCCACAAUCAAGUGGUGUGCCCAUGCAUGUGGUUAGUGUCAGUGGUUCCAAUGUGGUUCCAAGAUUCACAAACAGCAAGGGAGCAGUAGCACGGGUGGCAACUGCUUCUCCUGCACGACAGCAGCAAAUCAACAUAGCACCUCGGCCAGGAACGACAGCGGGAACUAUCACCUUGCCUACGGGGAUGCUGCCACAUGGUGGAAUGUUGAUGAAAAAUGAACAAGGCCAGUAUGUCAUUGUCACGGCUAACCAAGGGGGAGUGCAGCAGGCAGUGUCUACAACAAUGGUUAGUUCUACAACUGGGCACCGCAUACAAUAUGUGAGGCCCCCUACCACAGUCCAGGCACAUGCACGACCUCCUGCUACUCAGAUAGUAACCAUCCAACAUCCGUCUGGUACCUCAAUAGCAGGCCAACCCCAGACAGUUCUCCGUCAGACCGUCCCCUCCUCAGGAGCCCCAACACAUGUGUCUACAGCAUCAAGUCAGGUUGUUCAGACUGUUGUCCGGGCUACCAACCCCACUAUGGCACCAAACACCUCGACAACUCCUGGCACAAGCCAAAGUUCUGGUCAAGUCCAACAACAGCCUCUAGAUAAUGUAAAAAAAUGUAAAAACUUCCUCUCAACACUGCUGAAGCUUGCAGCUGGACAACCAAAAGAAACAGUCAAAAAUGUUCGAGAGCUCAUCCAGGGUCUCAUUGAUGGAAAAGUAGAGCCGGAGGCUUUCACAGAAAGGUUACAGGCAGAACUCAAGUCAUCACCUCAGCCAUACCUAGUCCCAUUCUUAAAGAAAAGUCUGCCUCUGUUGCGGAAGUCGCUGAUACAGAACAAGAUGUCUAUAGAAGGAGUAAGGGCACCUCCUGUGUCUGUCUUGCAGCAAAAUGUGAUAAUACCCACAGCAGCAUCAUCAGUGGGGCAAAUGCAAAACCAGAUUCCUCAUCUCUUAAAUACAGCCAAGAGUCAACCAGGGAUGAUUCAGGUGCAGCAUAUACAGAAAAGUGUGGCUCACCAUAGGGGCAGCAUACCAAAGACAGUGGUGACAGUGGCUGGGCGGGGUGCAGGGGCCCAUGGGGUGCAGGGCCUCCCCACAGUCAACACCAUACAAGGACAAGCAAAGUCACAUGGCAGCACAGCGGGUCACAGAGAAAAACCCAAAUACGACUCCCUCAAAGAUGAUGACGACAUCAAUGAUGUGGCCACUAUGGGUGGUGUGAACCUGUCGGAAGAAACCAAAAAUAUCCUUGCCACAAAUGCAGAUUUCAUCGGCACACAGAUACGCUCCUGUAAAGACGAAGCCUUUCUCCACCAUGCAACCUUACAAAGUCGGAUUAGUGCUAUAGCAAAGAAAUAUGGUGUAGAUGAAGUGUCCUCUGAUGUGAUCAAUCUUGUAUCUCAUGCUGCUCAGGAAAGAAUGCGAGAUGUUUUAGAAAAGUUAGCCACAAUAGCAGAACAUAGAAUAGAAAUUUAUAAAAUGAAUGAUAGAUUUGAAGUAACCAAGGAUGUGAAGUCUCAGUUAAAGUUUAUAGAAGAGCUGGACAAGUUAGAAAAGAAAAGACAUGAGGAACAAGAAUGGGAAAAAAUAAUGAAGGCAGCCAAGAGUCGAUCAAAACACGAAGACCCAGAACAGCAGAAAAUAAAACAAAAGGCCAAAGAGUUACAACAAGCUGAGAUAGAGCGAAUGAGGCAGGAAGAGGCAAAUCUAACAGCAUUAGCGGCAAUAGGACCUCGAAAGAAACGCAAGACGGACUUCGGGGAGUCGAGUCAGGGAAGCUCUGGAGGGCUGAAUCUGUCCAAUGGUCUUGGAUCAUCAUCAUCAAGAUCUACAUCCCGACCGAGAAUUAAAAGAGUAACAUUAAGAGAUGUCCUUUUCUUCAUGGAACAAGAACGAUCUAUGUGCAAGUCCAAGGUGCUUUACAAGACAUUUUUGAAAUGAAGAGAUGCCCUAUAUAGGACUUGGUAAUAACUAAUUGAACAGUUUUAUCCGUCUCUGUGAGGCGGACUGUGUGAAGCUUUAGAAAGUGCUGGAUUGAACAUUUUAAGAUUGAAAGUGGUAUGCUGCUUACACAGUGCUACGGUUGUAGAUGUCUCUGACAAGGAGUCUAGCCUUGUCAUACACUGUGUCUCUACACAGUCGGCUCCUCAGCCAUCAAUGCUCGCCAACCAGAGUCUACAGAUAGAGGAGGGAACAUCCCCAUGUUUCCUACAGUGAUUGCUGAAGAAAGAUACAUUCUGAGGGGACAAGAUCAGGAGGUCUGCUUGGCAUCAGGACCCCAUUCCUUGCUCUGAUGUGUCUGGCACUGACAUGGCCAUCCCAAGAUAAACAGAGGAGUUUGUACGACAUUGAUGUUGUGCACACGGUGGCGUGUCUAGAAUUGAAUUCAGAGCCUUACUGAGAGAUCAGUUAGUCCAAGCUAUGCAAUGAUACUGUCAUUUUGAAAGGAAAAGACAACCCUGGGCAGUCAGCUGCUCAAUACCUUGCGAGACAGACAGUUGUCUGCUUUUAAUAGAGAAACUGUGAUCGCUGUGACAGGAAAGCAAGGGAUACCUCUAGGUUGUCUUGUCUGCUCUUACAAGCGAUAAUGUUGGCAACAGGAUAACUAGAGUGAUAUAUCUUAAUAGUCAAUCAGCUGUUAACAGAUUGAGGUCUGCAUCAGAACUUCAGAAGACAUAUUUAUGAUAUGAGUCGUUAUGUUUGCUCUUGCAGCAAGUUCUAAGAUGGAGACUAUUGUAACAGAGAGAUUGAUUGAUUGGGAAGAUGGACUGAGAUUGAUAGCUUAAGUAGACUGGAAUCGUACUGAGUACAAACGGCUUAAGUAGACUGGAACUCGUACUGAGUACAAUGGAUGGCUGAAGGAUAUCAGGACUCAGAAUGGAGUAGAACAAGGUGGCUGUAGGUACGGAGGGUUCAGGUAGUACCUGGCCCAGAUAAGGAACUUGUGUGAUAACUGUGAUGUACUGGACAAAUAUUUAUGUUGUAAAAGCUGAACUUGUGAUAAGAUUAUCAGGUGUUGGUUUGAGAAGUACUCAGCAUUACAGGAGGAUGUGCUUCAGGUUUACUGUUAACCAAAGACUGUGAUGGGGACAGAUUUCCUGGAUACAGGAGACAGCAGAGUAGCGGUCAUAUGCUAUUGUGAUGGAUGGUAUGGGUGACCGGGCUACUCAUAAUACUUCUUGAGAUAAACAUAGUAACAUGGUUGUUACAGGAAAUUGGCAAAUGUUUAUGUGAGUAAUGAUAGGAAAGUCGGUACUGAGGUUGAACGUCAGUAUUACAGCUUGCUGCUUUGAAACAUUUUCUUCAUCGGAAUGACAAAAGUAGUAAUGAUUUUAAAGACGAUCUCACUUGAAGUACAAGAUAAAUAUUGAAAGUUGUAGUAAGGAUUGUGAAAAUUGAGCAAUUUACUGAAAAGUUUAGAGCUUUAGAUUUUUUCCAUAAAGCUUGUCAUUUGAAAGAGUCUGGACUUCACAUUUCAGGAAUUCAUUCUUCCAGCAGAUUUACUGAGCUAUUCCUGGUGAACGACUAAGGGAACUAAGAUGUGAAGUUUCGUUGGUGGAUCUAGUAAUAUUUUGGGGUCAGUUAGUGCUACUACAUGUUGGUUGUUGGUCAUUAGUAUAUGUGUGAUGGCAUUGCUAGUGGUCACUUUUGAUGUGGUCAUAUAUUGCCAUAUGUUUGUGUGUGAGAAAUGUCUUUGUCUCUACCAUUCCAUUAUCUGAGAGAACUAAAUUAUUAUAUGCUAUAUUUAGCCAGUGGGAAUACAGAUGGGUAUAUACUCAGAUCUUGCUCAAAGUACAUUUGUAUGUAAAUAAUAGUACCAAUAUUGGUAAAAAGAAAAAAUAAUGCUUUAUUAUUUUCUAGACAGAUAUUUAUCAACAAUGUUAAUAUUUUUUCAAACUGCUUCAAAUUGGCACUAAAAUGUUACUUGCUGUGUGAACAUGUGUGGGCUUUUCCAGAUGUUAAUAAAGAGGAUGAAGACAUAAUAUAUAGAGGGCAAAAUCUAUAAUGAUACCCGGUAAAGUGGUUAGUGUGGAUCCCGAAACUGUUUUAAGCAGAGCUUUGAAAUUUAUACAGAAAAUCCAAUUUGUGCCAACCCAAUUUUGCAGGAGCAGAGUAAUACUGUCAGAAGUAGCUAUAAAGCAUAUUGUUAUUGUGUAUGCAAAUAUGUGUGUGGAAUGUUAUUUGGCCAAGUAUUAAAGAAAAAUGUAUGUAGUUGUGACCCCAAAAGGUGAAUAGCAGUCAACCGAUCUAGGGCAGUGAAAAAUACCUCAUUUGGUGAGAGUGAACGAGGAAUGUAAAUGUGUUACAUAUAGGGAUUGUCAGCCCACAACGUGGAGUGAUGGAAGACGGGGAAUGGAGCACCAGCUGUGAAUCACUAGCAUGGUGAUAUUUUAGCUGGCAAGUGACAAAUUUGAUGUUUGUUUCACAUUUUGUGGACUAUUUAGCAGGAAAGGGCAGUGCCUACUCCUGCAAGGCAGCAGUCAACCGUGACCUUUGGUGACCUAUAUUUAACACCAUAUGGCCUUGGUUUGACCUUUAAACUUACACUGAACUUCAUGUCAAACAUUUUUAUGUAACAACAUUUUUCAUUGGACUGAGGUAUGUAUUUCAGUCACAUACAAAUAAGUUGGGAACUUGCAAGAGUAUUAAAUGCUGAUCAUGUUUGUUUUACCAUACUCUUACCAUAACCAAGCUCGUCACCUUUGUCACAUUACACAGUAUUUGAUUACACUAUCAUUUUUUUCCCGGAGGAUUCUAGCCAGUAUUGCGUGUUCAAAUGCUUCUCUAGGUGUCCUUGUGUCAUAUCUACAAACACUGGUUGAUAUGUUUAAUCACAGGGACCUACAAUUUUGGCCUCACAGCAGCACCGCUUUUGUUACAAAGAUAUACAUAGUAUUCUUUCUAAAAGGCUUUAUUUUUCAUGAAAAAUUUUAAUAUGCUACUUAAGUUUUCAGACUGUCAACAAUGAUGUGUGUAGUUGAGAUACCUAAUACACUAAGCUCUCAAUUGGAUGUUUUUGCGAUUACUCUUCAUGCAUUCAACACAUCAUUUCAUACAUUUCUGAUUUGCCCCAUACAAUGCAAGUUAACUUCAUUGUAAAAAAUCUUUCCAAUGUCUCACUAAGACAUUUUAUAUGUACAUUAUAUUGGCUGCUAUAGUAUAGGAAAACAAUAAUGUUAAUUUUUACCAGUGUGAAUUAAGUUGUGAUGUUUUGUUUAGUACUCUUCUUCAAGUAGAAUGGAUAGUCGCCUGCUCUCCUUGAUGGUUGGAAAUGAGCACGAUCAGAUUUUAGUGUUAACUAGUGAUUAAAACACAAGCUAUAUAAGUACAGGUACUACGGAGUAUGCCAUCUCUACCUACUUUUACCAUAAUUUAUUACACUAUCUUCCUUAACGGUCAAGGUAUGGUAUAGCAUGUCCAGGUGACCUUUGACCUUGGUCUGGUAAUGUAACUUUUAUUUGAGCUAUCCCCAGGGUAAUAAUGAAUUUGACAAUUUUGAUCGAGUGCCUGAAAACCUACCCAUUUCUGAAGUUGUAUAUUCUGACAUUUCUGGGUCUGAAGAUUAUUGUUGAAAUUUUGGCAAAUUUGACCCCCUUUGGCCCUGUCCCUCUAGGCCCAGGGAGUGGGGACCAUAGUUUUGGUUCAACUUACAACAUGGGUCGAAGCUUCCUGCAAAAUUUCAUCAAAAUUGGUUCUGGAGUAUUUAAGAAGAUGUCAGAAAUAUGGAAAAGUUUUUGAACGACAGCGGACAGAUCUUGAUAGCAAUAGGUCAUCCCGACCUUUUGGACGAGAACACCUAAAAAAAAAAAAAAUAGAUCACUAAAAUUGUGUAAUGACAAAUUUAGUGUAGUGGCUGUGAUGAUCAACUGUUCAUAUUAAUUUAUUGAGUUUCAUUUUUCUUUACUAGUAUAAUAUAGCCAUCCUUAAAUGACCUUAGCUGCCGAUAGGAUGUCAAAGACAAAACCAAAGUAGUAUAAUAGAUAAGAUUUACUGUCUAUUUAGUGCUUGAAAAUUUCCUAAAUUAGAUUUUGAUUAAUAAUCAUAAAUCUGAUUGUGUUCAGAUCUAUCCACACAAUAUCUCAUGCUGGACCAUUAUUUUAGCAAAAAUAUCACACACAACUUAUAACCAGUCAAUCUAGCACUGGAUUAUUUCGCCUAUACAGUCUAUUGACUAGCACCGGACGGUAACAUUUCUCCUGUUGUCUAGCACCAGACAGUAAAAUUUCUCCUGUUGUCUAGCACAGGACAGUAACAUUUCUCCUGUUGUCUAGCACCGGACAGUAAC